CUUCAUAUAUAACCCCAAAUCAGAACUCCAAAAAUACCACCCCGGAAACCACCACGAUGGAUCAAACACCACCACUACCACCACCGUCAGAACCACCACCACCCACCACCACCACCACCAUCAACACUCCGCCUACCGCUACACCCUCCACCACCUCACCCGAACCACCACCACCACCACAACCACAACCACAAUCCCAACCCCAAACACCAACACCAACACCAACACCACCGACAACCACCUCAUCCUCGCCACAACCCCUCCCCCAAUCCCCAUCCCCAUCACCAAACCCUAACCCUAACCCUAAACCCCCAAAUCUCCCAACAUCACAACCACUACCACCCCAGCCUUUAAAUCCGAUGUCAAGACCUCAAUUCAACCGUCCGUAUUCUCCCUUCCCUCACUUCUCUUCAAUGACCAAUCAUUCCACUGCUUCUUCUUCUUCUAUUUCUUCCAUUCCUCCGGCGCAAAGAGGCGGAAUGGCGUUGGGUGUUCCUGCGCAUCCUUCGCCCCAGCCUCCGACUUCGUUUUCGUCUUUGACUCCACCCUCGUUUGGCUCGCAGUUUGGUGGUUUAGGUCGUCCUGCUGUACCCGAUUCUGUUGCCAGUACUAGUGCUCCACAGGUAAGGCAAUCUAUAUCUGGAAUGCCGGGUGUAGGAAUGAUGGGCUCUCUCGGUUCCAGUUCUUCUUUACGGGCAAGCGGUGUUACUGCAUCGCUUCCGCAGAGACCUCUCCAAUCAUCUCUUAGACCGCCAACAAGCGCUAAUAAUCAGUCGCCAGCCACACAAAAUUUCCAAGAUCACAGCCAUUUACGACACCCAUCGGUGGGAUCACCGGGGUCACCAGCACCAACCACACCACAAAACACACCGUCACAUAACCAACCAUGGUUAUCCUCCGGAACUCAAGGAAAGCCACCGCUACCACCCGCAUCAUUCCGACCGCAAAUGGGUCCGCAAACAUUGCAGCAGAGGUCCCACAUGCCACCUCAACAACAAACUGCCAUGUCAGCAUCAACGCAGCAACCUCAAGCUCAAGCAUCCUCGUCUUUGCAGUCACAGCCAUCUUCAUUGUCGCAGCAGCCGCAAGAGCAGCAUUACUCGUUACCACCGUCACGGGUACCGCAAACUUUGACCCAUCAACAACAGAUGGCGAGGAACCGCGGGUUGGGUAACCAAAGACCGUUCGCUCCUGGUACCGGUCAGUCUAGCCCGGUCACACCAACACCUGCUUUUAACAAACCGCCACCUGCUGUGGAGCCCCCCGAGCCUUGUAACAGGAUUAUAAGCAAACGAAGCAUCCAAGAGAUAGUUGCUCAGAUUGAUCCAGCUGAACGGUUAGAUCCUGAAGUGGAAGAUAUCCUCGUUGAUAUUGCUGAUGAUUUUGUUGAAUCCGUUACAACCUUUGCUUGUUCUUUAGCCAAACAUCGGAAAUCAAAUACGCUGGAGUCCAAGGACAUUCUUCUUCAUCUGGAAAAAAACUGGAACAUGAGUCUUCCUGGGUUCAGUGGAGACGAAAUUAAGUGCUACAAGAAACCAUUUGGUAAUGAUGUUCACCGAGAGCGCCUGGCUGCGAUAAAGAAGUCGAUUGCUGCUGCUGAGACACCAAGUUCAAAGAGUUCGGGUGGGCAAGCUGCCGGUGGUGGUGCUAAAGGUCAUCCAGCAAAGGCGCCUGGUCUUGUUAUUGGUUCCCCAAACCCGAAGGUUAGGGAAACUGCAUAAGUUUGCGGCUGUAGAUUUAUACCUUUGAAGAUGUUAACUCAUAGGAUCGAUCUUGGUUUAGUUUUUGUUGUAGUCUAAGUAGCGAUGUCGGCUCGCUUAUGAGUAACUGGAAACGGGUUGAAAUUUGUUAAAAAUCUUUCCAAAUCGUUAUAUUUGAAGUAUUAGAUUAUGGCGAUUUUUUAACGCCCAAAGGAGGGUUGCUUACGGAUGUUGAGAAGCUUUUUUCUUAAAUGUAAUCGUCUCCUAGGUCUUUCUGACUUUUUAAUUUUAUGCUUUCCCAGAUUGUCGAAUUACCUAAUGCUUACGGAUGUUGAUAAUCUGUUUUUCUUAAA